AUGAUCGACCUGCGACUAUUUUUUAUUCUACUUUUAUUUUUCCCAAAUUUCACAAAUUCCCAAUAUUCUGACAAUAAUAAUGAAGAGGUAAAACAGUUUUUCAAAAUUUAUUCAAUUCAAAAUAUCCCAAAAAAUUUGCAGACCUCAAACUAUUGCUCAGAUUACGUGGAAUGUGCUGCUGUUUCGUUGCUUGAAGAGCGGUUGUGUUUGGGAAAUUCGAUUUGGCGGCCUUUUUGGCUCCCGCAGCGAAACGAUCAACAUAAAUGUCACGAUAAACUGAAAAAUGAUUAUAUACAUUUGGAGAGAUUGGAAGAGGAACAGGAUGGGCAGUUGAAUGCGUGUUUGAGUGAGAAUUCGAAACCGUUGGAUAGACAGACUGUAAGUUAGAGGAAGUUGGGAAAAACUGGGAGUUAGAGGAAGUUGGGAAGCUGGUUUACUGAACAAGUAAUUGAAAAAUGCUUGCGGUAUUUCGAAAAUGCACUUACUUCACAACAAAAUUGAAGUUGAACGUAAAUUUAAAAAAGAUAAAUGUGGCCGAAUAUUUUGGUGACCGAGAAAUGUCGGGAAUUCGGCCAAAGCAACAAACUCGCUCUAAUGAUGCAAAAAUUCUCAUUGUUGAAGCGUGGCCGAAUUCCCGAGAUUUCUCGGCCACCAAAAUAGUUCGGCCAAAUAUAUAUAUAUAUUUUUUUGAAAUUUGUGUUCAACUUCAAUUUUUUGUGAAGAAAGUGAGUUUCAUUUUGAGUUUCAUUCAUCAAUAUUUGAACAUUUUAAAAAGUUUCUUAAAAAAACAUAUAAUAAUUUUUCAGGCCCAAGAAUGUUCAUUAAUCGGAAGAGUUGCAAAGUUCUCAUACGGCCGAAGUAUAACUUAUGUGCCAAGUCAAUGUUUCACCGGAUUGAAACGACGUGUUGAAAGACAAUGUGGAGUUUUAUCGAAAUGUUGUCCGGCUCUUGAAAAAUGUCGACUUUUGAGUUCGGGUUCGACGAUUCAAAAGAUGAUAAAUAUGACACGAACAAAUUUGAGAAAACGAGCCAAGGAUUGUGAAAAUGGACUGAAAAUGGAAGCUUUGAUUUUGGAAAAUGGGAUAGGAUUCUCGGAAGACGAGGAGAAGAGUGUUCUUGAUUCGUGGGCGGGACCGAAGGGAAAUGUUACAGUUCGAUUCCAUGAAGCUGCGAAAUCAAGAGCAUCAUCCGGAGGAAAUGUGAAUGUUCGUUUUCACACUGAACAAGAGGCGAUUGCCAAUAAAAUCCUGAUUCGAGAAGGAGAUCAACCGCGUCUGAAUUAUCCACAAAGAUGGGAACAAUUUGAGCAAAAAUUCGAUAAAGCUGCCAAGAAUACACAGAAUAUUAAAGAAAAAAUCGCGUAUUGGGAUCGAAAUAAGAUUGCAAAAGAGGGAUUUGAUUCGUUGGUUGAUGCGGCUGCUGUUAGUGAAAUUAUCAAUUUUGCGCCUCCAAUGGGAACUGUUACACCGCAUGUUGAAGAAUCGAAUGACGAAAAUGUUAUUGUAGAAGAUCAUGGGACCGUUGUUACUGUAACUGAAUCAGUCACCUCAAGUCCGGUUAUUUUUAUUGAAACUUCUACUCAAAAGCAGGUGGAAAAAUGUAGACCAUCAAAAGUUUUCCAAUUUUCGAAAAUCCUUAAAGAACUUGGAGAAAAUCCAGAAUCAAAGGAGAUGAAAGAAAUUCUUGAACUUGUGAAGAGAUUCGAGAAUCGAAAAGAUCAAGAGGGAAAAUCGGGUAUCAUUGAAAAAUCGCUGAGAUCUUUGAUUGAUCAUUUCGACACGGAAAAUUUCGAAGUUUUGAAAAAAGAUGCGGAAAAAAUGAUCAAGGAAAGUGAAACUUUGCCGAUUUGUGCGGUUUCGAUUUCUGAAUCAAUUGAUGAACCCGAAACAAUGUUGGUCGAUGAUAAUGGAGAUAAAUUCAUAAUUCAAAGUAGUGAGUUUUUUUUGAAAUGUAGUUGAUGAAUUUGAAAAUUUUUUUAGAAGAUUCAACAGCAAAACUUCUUGUUGGCGAACCUUUGGAAAAUUAUGACAAAAAUGCGACGACAGAAUCAGAAUCUGUGGAAAAUUUCAUCUCAGAUGAAUAUAAGAAAGAAAUCGCUGCUUUCAAGAAGGAGUUCAAUUUGUGGUCGAGAAAUGUGAGUUCACGUGAAGAAAAAAAAAAUUUGCCUCGAAGCGGGAUCGAACCCAUGACCUAAAAAUUGAGAGACAUGUGUGUUUACCACUCAGCUACGCGCGCUCUUUUUUUCUUGCACGCAAAUGUUUGAUAUAUGAAACGAGGUGCAUUGUGAAAGUUUUUACCCCUUCUUUUAUAUAUAUUUUAAAUUAAAAAAAAUUAUUCUAACAAUCAGGCAACAUCUACACGCCGAAACGACACAACUUGCGAUAUUUACAUGAAAUGUCGAAGUCAAAUGCAUAUGGCAGUUGAUAGUUGUGCCUGGAGAUUUGCAAGUGAUAAAUUAUUGUCAACGAUGGCUGAGUCAGCGGAAAGUCUUCUGUUUAAAGACGAUGGGAUUUGCAGUCAGAAAAAUGGAGAGCAAUUUGGAAAUUUGUAUGAGGGAAUUAUUCGACGAAAUGAUCAAUUGAGAAAAUGUCUUGAUGAGAAAAAUGAGAAAUUUGUGAGUUUUUUUUCUUAAAUUCUUGUGAAUUUUCAAAUUCUGGCGAUCUUUUCCAGUUCUCCGAAUCCGUGUGCCUCGCGUAUUCCGAAGAAAAACGCCACGCAUACGACGACGCGUUGCGGCGUCUUCUGAAUGACACACAUGAUUACAAAAAGUCGCGGGAAUGUUUCGAAGAUGCUAAUUUGAUACAGGAAAAGUGUACGAAUCUUCGAGAUUGUUGUCCAAACUAUGAUAAGUGAGUGGGUGGGGAUUGAAAGGGAAGCAAAGGGAAAAAAAUGGAAACGCGAAAAACAUUUUUUUGAAAAAAAAUUACUCCCUCUCGUUUAUUUUCGUCGCGACGAGACACACACCCUUCAAAAAUCGAUGCGCCUUUGAUUCACAAGGCGUUUUUGGUGUGUUUUGGUGGCUAUUUUUUUAUCAAAACGAGGAAUUCAACUUGAGAAAAGUGAAUUAGAAAUAAUUAAGAGAUAAGUUCGUAAUUUUCAAACGAAAAAUAGAUUUUUCUUCAAUAAAACACUUGAAAAUCGUUUUUUAUAGUGUUUCUUGCUUUGAACAGGGUUAGACCGGUUGAUUUCUGCCUUUUUCAUGCAGAAACAUCAAAAAUCUCGAAAAUCCGGGGAAAAAAAAUACCGUAGUUUUUGAAAGGCGCAACAGCUGAAACACACAAAUGGUCUCGUCGCGACGAAAGAACUACGGUAUAUAAUUUUUUUCAAAAAAAUAUUUUUCGCGUUUCAAUUUUUUACGUUUAUAAUAUUUAUAGAUCAUAAAUCUGCUGGGCUUUUAAAUUGAGAAGGGGGAAACAUUAAUCAUAUUCCGAAGGUCACAAUUUAGCACAAAAGUGCUUUUGAAAAAAAUUUAAAAAAAAUUUCCAGCUGCCGCGAAUCAACAUUCGAAGCUGAUGUCGAAAGAACAAUCAUCAACUUGACUGCCAAAAUCAACGAGCUCAAACAAGAUUGUGUUCGAACAAAAGCGAAAGAAGCUGUCAAAUUAGCAGUUCGACAAUUAUUGCUUUCAACCAAAGCUGGUCAACGAUUAGGACAAUUGGGAUUGGAUAUUUCACGAGGUGCAAGAGUUGUGAGAAUGGCCAAAUUCCGGGUUUAA